UACGUGAUUUUGAUGAAAUUAGUAGAAAACAGUAACAGUGUAGUGAGUCAAGUUGUGAACUCGUGAUAAUUAUUAAACUUAACGCUCGCAAUAUCAAGAUGAAACCAGAGACGAACAAUCAAAACAUACAACUUGAAGACCAGCAAGAAAAAUUAUUAAACACACCGAUAUCUCAAGCAUCGCCAUUAUGGUUCUCGAAAAGACUGUUCGUCGCUGUGUUUAUGGCAGUGUGCCAAUUAAAUUCAACCUUCAUUCGGUCUAAUGUUAGUAUCGCAAUUGUUGAGAUGGCCUACCCGAAACAAAUAAUAAUCGGAAAUUCGACAGAAACUCAACCUCCUGAAUUUGACUUGGAUUCUACAGAACUUGGAUUAAUUCUUAGCGUGUUUUUUUGCGGAGGAUUAGUGUCAUUAUUGGGCAGUUACAUGGUGAGCAAACUUGGAGGAGCCAAUUGCUUAGCACUAACCAUGAUAUUGUCAGGUAUCAUAACCGUAUUAAAUCCAAUCAGCUUGCAGUAUAAUUUUUACUUAUUUUUGGUGUGUCGUUUUAUCGUCGGAUUCUCCGAGAGUUUAUUGAGUGUAAGCGUUGCGGAAGUAUCCUCGCAAUGGACACCGAAUAAUGAAAGAUCCAAACUGGUUGCCAUUACUGCCAGCGGGAUUACCGUGGGUUUGACAAUAGUGCAUGCAGUCUGCGCUUCUGUGGCUUAUGCUUGGGGCUGGCAAAUGAUAUUCUAUGCGACAGGAGGUAUGUCCUUGAUUACGUCACUAUUUUGCUUGAUUUUUAUUAAAAAUCGACCUUCGGAUGAUAAAACGAUGUCUAAAGCAGAGCUCACCUACAUACAAGAGAGAAUUGCAACAGUUCCAAAAAAAGAAGUGAAGCAUCCUUACAAAAAAAUCAUAUUAUCGGCAGCGGUUUGGGCAAUUCUCGCCAACAAGUUCGCUAUGACAGCAAGUAUGACUUUUUUGUGCGUUUUCCUUCCAAUGUACGUCAAAGAUAUAACCCAAAGAGAUAUCAAUGAAGUGGGGAUGAUUUCUUCAAUACCAAAUGCUCUCAACAUUUUUAUGCUUCCAAUUUGCGGAAUAUUCUUGGAUUAUGGAAAAAACACACGUAUUUCAGUGACUCUGAUACACAAGAUAAUAAUCGGGGGCUCGUUCAUCCUUAUCAGUAUUUUAUUCGCAAGCACGGCGAUGCUUUCAAAUUUUAUUAUAUCGAUCAUUACUUUUCUACUGGUCCAGAUAUUGCUGCUCGUCAUAGGUUUAACAACACAGAUAAUUAUUAUCAGUAUCGCUCCAAAUAGUACUAGCAUUAUAGCAGGACUUUGUACGGCUAUGAAUGCACUGGGAUCCACAAUAGUACGCAAUAUGAUAGCCUCUAUGACCGACAGUCACGCAGCCGAGGAAUGGAACCGCUGUAUAUUAGUGAUAAGUGGUAUAUCGUUGUUGGGCGGUGCGAUUGUUAUGCUAUGGGGGUCCAGCGACGUCCAGUCCUGGUCAUUUGUAUCAAAUACGAGUACUAAGCCAGACGAACAAGAAAACCAGAUUAGACAAAAAGUGACCGAAUAAUGCCUGAUCAAAAAACCCAGACGAACAUAAAAGUGACCAAAUACGAGUAUAGUGAUGGAUUUCCUCUACAUCGCACCAUAAGAACAUAAAUUAUGUGUACCCUUUGAAUAAAAACUAGAUACUUACAAGUACAAGUAUAUUACCUUAAUGAUGAAAUUUAAACCGAAUGGUUUUAAUGGAAUAGCUUGCCAAAAAAUUUCCCACUUAGCCCAGAGGUGGCCACUUAGAAAAUAAAAAACAAAAUUUCACCAAACUGAUCUAGAAAGCUGGAGUGUAAACCCUAUUUUUGACGCCUCCUCCUCCUCACCCCCUUCCGUUACAUUGAAAACCGUUUUGAACAUUUCAUGAACCCUCCAGCAAAUUUUUCAAAGCUAAAAUUUUCACAAAAUUUUACCCGAUGAAGUUGCAACGCUAAAAUUUACAUUUUGCUCUCAUGUAGCACUUCAUGAAAAUCUGGCAUUUAUUUCCAAAAUGCCACUGGAAAUUCCAGAACGGCUUGAAACCGACUUCUAUCGCUUCAGAAUGCUCAAAUUAUGGUUCAUCAUUUCUAAAAACCCAUCUUGGAGAGCGGCGUCCAGCAAAUCUCAACCAGCCCAACCACUUGAAAAAAAAUAUAUAAAUCAAAAAUAACCUUUCUUUUUUAUCAAAAUACGGAAAAGAAACAGUAAUUUACGAGUAUGUGUAUGUCUAAACAUACCGCAAACAAUCACAAUUAAGAAUUUACGGAUCAUUUUCAAAUAGAUAACUAGACAUUCCUGAUAACGUACCAUAUCAUUCGCUAAAACAAAUACAAAAAGGCCAAUCGGAUACCUCGUAUUUAUCUAGAAUUAAUAAACUAUACGUGAAUAUGAUGAAAUUAAAAGGAAAACAGUAACAGUGCAGUGAGUCAAGUAGCAGCACGUGUGUGAACUAAAAUUCAUCUCGACGCUUCGCUAUAUCAAGAUGAAACCAGAGACGAACAAUCAAAGCAUACAACUUGAAGCCCAGCAAGAAAAAUUAUU